AUGGCUCAAUUACUACGCAUCGUAUCUGUCUUUCUCGCGAUCGCGAGUUGGCACGUUGUUCUUGGCUUCCAAGUCACUCCUGGAUCGCCAUGCGCCUCCAUUUGCGAUGUUCCAGUGUCUCCUGAGGCGACCGGGAACUCGUCUGAGAUCGUGUGCGGUGAUGAGGCUAUCCGAUCCACAGCGGCGGGUGUGCGGAUGAAGGCUUGCUUUACAUGUCUAGAGUCGAGCACGCACACCAACGGAUCGGAGACUGACCAGCAAUGGCUUCUCUACAAUCUUAGAAUGACUCUAGCAACUUGCGUCUUUGAAGUGCCCCCGGCGGAAGGCGAGCCCAAGUCGACGUGCGCUGCCGAUUUUACCUGCUCGCCCCUCCGAACCGCUCUUUUCCCCACGGAGUCCAAGGGAAACAACGGCGGGUAUGAGUUCUGCGACGUCUCUGAUGAUGGGUUCAAAUCGCCGAAUCUACAAACUUGCAUCGGCUGCCUCGAGAGCAACAAGAAUGAAGUCUAUCUACUGAAUUUCAUGAACGUCCUCGCAGCUGCGUGCGUUUACAAGCCCAAACCUGGAUCGCUCCUCAUUCGAAGCGGCCUCUUCUCCACCGACGGCGUCGAGAUCGUCGUCCCGGAGGCCGAAAACACCUCCGAACCCUCCCCAGCGCCGACCACGACUACCGAAACCACCCACAGGACCGGCCUCACCCAGGUGCAAACGAUUGCCAUCAUCGCCGCGGUCGCCGGAACGAUAGCUUUGGCCGCCGUCCUCUUCACCGUCUACUUCCUCAUGCGCCGACGCCAAAAUCGCAUGGAAGCCGCCCUCCGAGCCCAGCAAUCGGAGCGAGCCCCGCCGACGAAUCCUUACCCCCUCAUGACUGAGGUCCAGCAGCAGGGGAAGGAGGAGGGCGCAUCUCCGUCGUCGUACUCGACUGUGAGCAGCUUCCACAGCACGUGGACUUUCGACCCCAAGUUGUGCAGCACUGCUACUCUAUCCUGGACUGACGUCUCCGGGAUGAACACUACGAGUAACAUUCCGGUGCAUCCUGCCUAUGUUGCUAAGAUUCCUGGGCGCAAGAGCCAUGCGCCGGAUGAGCCUGGGAACAUUGUGUAA